CAUGGUGGAUCCGGUGACUAUUAUCUCCAUCAUUUCCGGCCUUGUGGCAGCAUCGAAUUCUGGAGCAAGUAUGGCGAAAGUUUUUAUCGAAAUUUUAGAAAAGAAAGGGAGUCGAAGGAAACUAAAUACAGAAGCUUCGAAUGCACUUGCAGGAAUUAGUUCCAUGAUUGGCAAAUCAAUUCCAGUGUUUGACGGGAGUGACUAUGAGAUAUGGAGCAAAAUGAUGAAGGCUUUGCUUAUAUCCCAUAAUCUCUGGGACUUGGUGGAAGAAGGGUACAAAGAGAAAGGGCGCAGGGCUAAGGCUUUAAAAAAAGAUCGGGAAAUGGAUUCCCUGGCUUUGCUCAUUAUCCUGCAAGCAGUUAACAAAUCAGUUCGUCGCUGCACCAUUCAUGCAAACACCUCAAAAGACGCCUGGGAUGCAAUACAAAACAAAUUUCAAGACAACAGCUGGAAAUCAUAUUUAAGAGACUUUAUUGUGGGUGUAGUUGGUGUCGGUAUAUUAAUGGUAGCUGCAAUGGGAAUUAUAGGUUUCUUCGUUGCAAUCUUCUUGAAGCACAAACUUAUUACCCUACACAGACAACAGGUAAUAUACUACCUGAUUGUUUGUGUUUCAAUAAUAUUAGCCAUUGGAAUUAUACUGUGGUGACUCUACCGUUUGCUUAAUUGUGUGCUAUGCUUUUUCUUCUUCUUUUCUCAAAUACUGCUUAUUGAAUCAGUGAGUUAAACCCUUGCAGACAUUCUAUGCUUUUUUUGUUUGUGAGAUUGGUGUAGUAUUAUGAGAGGAACAAAGAUUUUGAAUUGAAUUAGAUUGGAGUUUUAUGAGUUAGUUUGAAAAAUGGAGAUUGUUUGUAUUGUAUUUGGGUAAUAUAUUAUUGGGUGUGUUGGAUAUUUUCUAAUUGUGCUUUUAUUU